UUUUAAAAAAAACCCUGCAAAUGGUAAUUACUUAAAAGAUGAAUGGCGUGAGGAUAGGGAAUGUAGCUCCAUGGUAGAGCAUGUGCCUGGCAUGUGUGAAGUCCUGGGGGGGACCUCCCAACCUCCUCACCCCAAAAAGAUAUCAGCAGGGAACCCAAGGAAUCUGUGUCAACUAAACCGAAGGAAGACAGCAGCGUGCGCUUGCUGGGCGCGCUGCAGUGGGUGCAGUAACUCGCGAGGACUCUGGGCGCCGCUGUUGACCCGCCGUGAGAAGCAGGCUCCGCGCGCUCGCUCGCCACUCGCCGGGCUCCGGCUGCACAAAGACCCCGCGCUCCUGCAAACCGGCUCCUGGGCUACAAGCAAGACUCACCCCGGAAUGUAAGGAGCCCAAGCCGCGGAGGAUCCCCGCCGCCACGGAGAGACGAGGGGGAGCCCGCUGGAACACGGGACGUGUCCGGGGAAGGAUCUGGGGGGAAUCCCAGGGAACAAUGGCCGCGCGAAGGCGACCCGAGCACCUCGCGCUGGUCCUUCUCGGCUGCUUCCUGUGGCUGCCCGGGGAGUCCGGAGCCCGGCAGAUCCGCUACUCCGUGCCCGAGGAGCUGGACAAAGGCUCGUUGGUGGGGAACCUGUCCGGGGACCUGGGGCUGGAGCCGCGGGCGCUGGCGCAGCGCGGGGUGCGCAUCGUCUCCCGAGGUCGGGCGCAGCUGUUUGCGCUGAGCGCGCGCAGCGGCGGCUUGGUGACGGCGGGCAGGAUCGACCGCGAGGAGCUCUGCGCCCAGAGCGCGCGCUGCCUGCUCCACUUCAACGUCCUCGUGGAGGACCAGGUCACGCUGUUCGGGGUGGAAGUGGAGGUAACGGAUGUCAACGAUAACGCCCCCCAGUUCCAAGCGGAGAAUCUAGACGUCAAGAUUAACGAAAACGUCGCCCCGGGGACGCGCUUUCCUCUCCCGGAAGCGCUGGAUCCGGACGUGGGCGCGAACGCGCUGCAGAGCUACCAGCUCAGCCCCAGCCUCCACUUCUCGCUGCGCGUGCAGAGCCGCGCCCAGGGCGUCAAGUUCCCGGAGCUGGUGCUCGAGCGCGCCCUGGACCGCGAGGAGGAGGCCGUCCACCACUUGGUGCUCACGGCCUUGGAUGGGGGCGACCCCCCUCGAUCUGGAACUGCCCUCAUCACUGUCACUGUCUAUGACACCAAUGACAACGCGCCCGUCUUCACCUUGCCUGAAUACCGGGUGAAUGUUCCAGAGAACCUGCCCGUAGGCACUCGGUUGCUAACAGUCACUGCCACCGACAAGGAUGAAGGAGCCUAUGGAGAAGUGUUGGUUACAGUAGAAGACGUAAAUGACAACAGCCCUGAAGUGACCAUCACCUCUCUCUUUAGUCCGGUGGCAGAAGAUUCACCUCUGGGAACUGUCAUUGCCCUUUUGAACGUGCACGACUUAGACUCUGGACAGAACGGAGCAGUAACUUGUGCCAUCUCCGGGAAUCUACCCUUUAAGUUAGAGAAGUCGAUUGACAGUUACUACAGGCUGGUGACGCACAGAGCCCUUGACCGGGAACAGGUAUCCUCCUACAACAUCACAGUGACAGCCGCAGACGGUGGAAGUCCCCCGCUGUCAACAGAAGCUCGCUUCACCCUACAAGUGGCAGACAUCAAUGACAACCCACCCACCUUCUCUCACACCUCCUACGUUACCUACGUCCCAGAGAACAACCCCAGGGGGGCCUCCAUCUUCUCCGUGACUGCUCUCGAUCCAGACAGCAAAGAGAAUGCCCAGAUCAUUUACUCUCUGGCUGAAGACGACAUUCAGGGGACACCACUGUCCUCCUACUUAUCCAUCAACUCCGACACUGGCAUCCUGUAUGCUCUCCGAUCCUUUGACUACGAGCAGUUUGGACAACUGCAGGUGCAGGUGACAGCCAGUGACAGCGGGAAUCCCCCCCUCAGCAGCAACGCGUCCUUGACUGUGUUCGUGCUGGACCAGAAUGACAAUACUCCGGAGAUCUUGUAUCCUGCUCUCCCCACGGAUGGUUCCACGGGCGUGGAGCUGGCGCCUCGCUCCGCAGAGCCUGGCUACCUUGUAACCAAGGUGGUGGCCGUGGACAGGGACUCAGGGCAGAACGCCUGGCUGUCCUACCGCCUGCUCAAGGCCAGCGAGCCGGGGCUCUUCACGGUGGGGCUGCACACGGGUGAGGUGCGCACGGCGCGGGCCCUGCUGGACAGAGACGCGCUCAAGCAGAGCCUCGUGGUGGCGGUGCAGGACCACGGCCAGCCGCCCCUCUCGGCCACCGUCACGCUCACGGUGGCCAUCGCCGACAGCAUCCCGGAGGUCCUGGCAGACUUAGUCAACCUCGAGCCCCCACAGGACUCUGACACCCCCAGCCUCACGCUCUACCUCGUAGUGGCGGUGGCCGUGGUCUCCUGUGUCUUUCUUGCCUUUGUCAUCGUGUUGCUGGCGCUCAAACUUCGCCGCUGGCACAAGUCACACCUGACACCGGCUCCAGGAGGACUGGCUGGCCUGCCAGCCUCACACUUUGUGGGCACCGAUGGCGUGCGCGCUUUCCUGCAGACCUAUUCCCACGAGGUCUCCCUCACUGCAGACUCGAGAAAGAGCCACCUGAUCUUCCCGCAGCCCAACUACGCGGACACGCUCCUCAGCCAGGAGAGCUGCGAGAAAAAGGAGCCUUUGUCUUUAUUAGACGAUUCGAAGUUGCCAAUCGAAGGCACCCCUUUGGUCCCAGUGAGUUCCAUUUAUACUUUUCUGUAA